AUGCCAAUAUCUAUCUAUCUAUCUAUCUAUCUAUCUAUCUAUCUAUCUAUCUAUGGCAAUCCCUUUCUAUCUAUCUAUGUAUCUAUGUAUGUAAAUCUGUUUCUUUAUAUAUAUAUAUAUAUAUAUAUAUAUAUAUAUAUAUAUAUAUAUGCCAAUCCUUUUCUUUCUUUUUUGUCUAUGCCAAUAUCUAUCUAUCUAUCUAUCUAUCUAUCUAUCUAUCUAUCUAUCCCAAUCCCUCUCUAUGUAUCUAUCUAUUUUCAAUCAAUCUGCAUAUUUCUUGCAUUUCCGUUUACAGAAUUUGAAUGCUGUUCGUUCGCCUGUUAUCUAACAUUUUUCACGGAUCUUUCCAACCAGCGUCCUCCUGUUUUUUUUUUUUCUUUCACUUACUCUCGUCCUUUUCACGUCUUUCUUAAUCUAAAAUUUUUCUUCCAACGUAAAAAUUGUAAAAUCAUUUCUUCUUCUUUCUUCUUCUUCUUCUUCUUCUUCUUCUUCUUCUUCUUCUUCUUUGAAUGCAUUUUCUCUCGCUUAAAUUCAUUCGAAAUAUAUCUUCCUCUCAAGGUCAAAACUUUUAUUUCGAAUAAUUAUACCAUCAUUUUUUUUCUUCUUCGUCUUCUUCUUCUUCUUCUUCUUCUUGUUCUUCUUCUUCUUUCUCACUUAAAUCCAUUCAAAAUAUUUCUUCCACUCGGCCCUAAAAUUUUCUUCCAACGUAAGAAUUGUACAAAAAUUUCUUCUUCUUCUUCUUCUUCUUCUUCUUCUUCUUCUUCUUCUUCCUUCUUUUUAAUUUUUCUUCUUCUCAACGAUUACGACACUCUUCUAAAUGUUCCUUUUUUUUCUAAUUCAUUCGCUUUUUAUUUCCUCAGACAUUUCUCUUUUUCUUUUCUCUUUGGAACUUUUUAUUUAUUUUUCAUUUCUCAUUCAGAAUGUUUUUCUACACGUUAUAACAUGAAGAAAAACAUUAUUCACUUUUUUAUUAUUCCCUUUAUUUCUUCGUAA